CUUGGCUGCGCCAACAGAGGCAACAACAAUAUUGUCAAUGGAACCAGAAGACAUUGCAGCGAUGAAGACAGUGCCGUUUUUAAGUGCAUCAACGGACAAUGUGUCGGUGGCAAAAGCUCUCCAUGAUAAAACAACGAACAGCAUAACGACAAGAACUACGACGGCCGUGACACCAAAAAUAGUGUCUUCAGCACCACCUGUAUUAUCAUUAAUUUCAUCCACAACAUCAACAAAUAUCCCCGACACCACUACCGUUGUCGACACAACGAUAUCUUCACCUUCUGUUCAUGCGCCGUCACAUCCGCACUCACCACUAUCACUAACACCAACGCCGCAGACAACAUCGAAUUCCUUGUCCACUUUCACAGUAACAACAAUAUUUCCAUCAGGUGAUUUACCCAGAGAGUUAUUCACAAUAGAGGCCGUCAUAGCGACAACAACAGCAGAUAACAAUGCCGAAAGCGCAAGUGUUGCUUUGCAACGCCCACCCCCCUCCGAUGUACUUUUAAAAGGUUUUUCAAUACCAACGUUUUUACCGCCCUUUCCGGCAUUUGCCAUGGCCGACCUUCCAUCCUAUACAAUGACACCUACUUCGGCACCAGCAGCUGAGCUAGCGGACUCACAAAAUCAAUUGUAUUUAGCCGCCUAUCAGCAAAAUGCGCCCCGACACAACUUAUCGAUGCCAGCGGUGAAUAUUACCGUUCAAAUGGGGAAUCACGCUUACCUACCUUGCAAAAUCCAUCGCUUACUGAAUAAACCGAUUUCCUGGGUACGUCUUCGCGAUGGCCAUAUACUUUCUGUGGACCAAGCAACUUUCAUUGCCGACCAGCGCUUUCAGUCUAUAUUUCAAGGCGAGGACGAUUACACCUGGUCACUGCAAAUCAAAUAUGUGCAGGACACCGACGAAGGCUGGUACGAGUGCCAAGUGUCCACUGAGCCAAAAAUUAGCGCAAAAGUUUAUUUGGGAGUAGUUGUACCCCACACCGAGCUGAUUGGCGAUCAGAGCCGCUUCGUUAAAGCAGGCAGCAAGGUUGCACUACAUUGUAUAGUGCGCGACACACUUGAUCCGCCCACCUAUAUCAUUUGGUUCCGCGAUAAGACACAAAUCACGAACGAUAAUAAAUUGGGCUGGUACACAGAAAUCGACCGCACGAUUUUCGGCCAUGCGGAUAGCAAUCGCAAUACUAUUGGCUCGUUGAUAAUACCGUUCAUAAGGAAAAAAGAUUCGGGCAACUACACCUGCCAACCGUCAAACAGUGCGCCCGUCUCUGUGGAUUUGCAUGUACUAAGCGGAGAAUAUUCUGCAUCGGCAAUAAUGUCGUCGGCGAGCUCCUACCGGGUAAGCGGUAAAUUUCCUGGCCGGCUUCUGUUUCUGCUAGCGCUGCUGGCCAUAUCAAAGGCGUGACUGGUUGUCAUUUUGACGUAAGUCAACUAGCUGGUAUUGACUUCGCUGUGAGCAGGCUAAGUGAAACAAAAUGACUUGAGAAAGCAACUUGUAAAUAAUUAAGUUUUGCUAAUGCUACUUACUGGCUAAUGAGCGACGACCACCAACAAAAUCGAGCGAUUUAAAGUCAGUGCUGACGAGUAGAAUAUGAAACGAAUAUUUAGCGUAAUUAUUUCAUACCAAAAACUUAAGUGACUUUUUUAUUAACUGUUGAAAUCAUCUUACAUACAUACAUACAUAUAUACAUUUAAGAUAAAGAUGACGAAAAUAAGAAAACAAUGUUGUGAAACAUCAAUAAGUAGGAUAUCAAUAUAAUUAAUGUAAUUUAAGGCAAUUGAAUAUUCAUCAUACAUAGUGACUAAGCUUAAUUGGGACAACCGAAGGUUGAAUCAAUCAAAACAUUUAACGUAAUUGCAUAAAAAAAAAUCGUAAACAAAUUUCGGCACAAAACCAUCCAGAUUAGAAGAAUAUUUGCCGAAGGUAACUAAAUUUAAAUAAAUUUUAUGUAAAUAUUAAAUAAAUUUAACGUAUAAAACUCUAAAAUAUUAAGUAAUAAAAAAUUUAACGCAUUAAUGUAUUCAGGUGAAAUCAAUGCAAAAUAAUCAAAAACAAACACUCAAUAGCAAGGCUAAAACAAAAUACAAUGCAAUAAAUAAAA